AUGUCUCCUCAGCAACCUAUCCGUGUUGAUCCAAAAAUCUGGCAGUGCUGCGCCGGCGCUGCCGUUAAAAUUCCAAAACUAAAUUCUCAUGUUUACUACUUCCCAUUAGGGCACUUAGAACACGUCUCUCCAUCCCCAAACCCUAGCACACUCUCCCUUCUUGACCGUUCCCGUCAAUUCAUUCCCUGCACCGUCUCCACGGUUAAUCUACUCGCUGACCCUGUUACCGAUGAAGUGUUCGUCAAAUUACUUCUCACUCCUGGUACUAAUAACUGUGUCCACGAACCUCCUCCUGAGGUUCGUGAAGACCAACAUGACGGGGUUAAGGUUGUUUCCUCUGGCAAAACUCUAACUCCGUCUGAUGCUAAUAACGGCGGUGCAUUCUCAGUGCCUAGCGAAUGCGCAAAAUUAAUCUUCCCGCCACUUGACCUCCAGGCCGAAAAGCCUUCUCAGAAACUCUCAGUCACUGACAUUCACGGCAAAGAAUGGAAGCUUCGCCACGUCUACCGUGGGACUCCCUUGCGACACCUGAUCACCACCAAUUGGAGUGAGUUUGUUGACGAGAAGAAACUGAUUGGCGGCGACUCCUUAGUUUUCAUGAAAAAAUCAACUAGAACUGGAACCGAAACGAUCUCUGUUGGAAUCCACCGGCAGAAGUUUGGUGCUGCCACUAAAAUAGCAGAAAAAUCUGUUACCGAGGCUGUGGAAUUGGCGGAGAAGAACAUGGCUUUCGAUGUUGUGUAUUAUCCUACUGCUGAAGGUUGGUGUGAUUUUGUAGUUAAUGCUAAGGUUGUGGAGGAUGCCAUGAAGAAUAAAUGGAAUUCUGGAUUGAGAAUUAAACACUCUUUGAAGAAAGACAAUUCUUCAAAGAGAUGCUCAAAUUUUGAGGGAACAAUAUCUGCUCUAUCUGCUCCUAAUCGUCCAUGGCGCAUGCUUGAGGUUAGGACUGCUAAAGAUUCUGCCUUACAUAAUGAUAUAGAGAGAGACUCCUCCAUUCCAAAGAUAAAGUUUCAUUCUUCAACGACGAGAUCCUUCAAUGAAGCAUCGUUGAAUAGCAAUGCUUUGCUCCAUGACACCGCAUCAACUUCUUCCAACUGCAACACCAAAAAACUUAGUCCUGGUUCAAUUAUGUUAUUUGGUCAGAUCAUACGUCCUGUUGGAAGUGAUUUACACGAUUCAGAUAUCAAAGGAGAAGAUGGCGGGAAGGGCUGCAAUGAAAAUUGUCUUGUGUAG